CCAUGAGAAACAGGAACAAAGCUGAGAUCCAUUGAAGUGUACAAUUUGCUUUUGUUGUAACUCUUGUGAAGAAUCCUUUGAGGGUGUAAACUGGUACACACUAAGGUGUUUUUUAACUUGCCAUGGCCUGUACUCAGUUCCUGUCAAGAAUACAGCGACCACGUUUGGCGUAUCAUCAAACCCCAGGCAGGAGCCCUGGGGUAGUCUUCCUCCCUGGAUUCAUGUCAAACAUGAAUGGAAAGAAGGCCUUGGGCCUUGAAGAGCUCUGCCAGUUUUUGGGACAAGCAUAUGUGAGGUUCGAUUACACUGGAUGUGGAGAAUCUGAAGGGAGUGUCUCUGAGUGCUUACUGGGUGACUGGAAAAAUGAUGUGCUCUGUGUUUUAGACAAGCUCACUGCUGGGCCACAGAUACUGAUUGGCUCCAGCAUGGGAGGAUGGCUUAUGGUAUUGGCUGCCUUGGCUAGACCGGAGAGGGUCACUGGAUUAGUUGGCAGUGCAGCAGCUCCAGAUCACUUUUUAACUGCAUUCAAGAAUCUCCCUGCAGAGACAAAACAAGAGGUUGAGAAGACUGGGAUAUUUAAGUUGCCAUCCAUCUACAGUGAUACAGGAUUCUACCCAGUGAAGUAUGACUUUAUUAAAGAAGCAGAGAAACAUUGUGUCCUGAAUCACCCAAUUCCUGUUGACUGCCCAGUGCAGUUAAUUCAUGGGAUGGAAGAUGAAGCAGUUCCCUGGCAAACCUCACUGCAACUGGCACAACAACUAGCAAGCAAAGAUGUUGACGUUAUCUUGCGCAAAACUGGAGAUCACCGUUUAUCAGACCAGACAGACCUUGAACUUCUGAAGGCCACAGUACAAGUCCUGAUUGGGAAAGUGGCUGGGAAGGUAUGACUCCUAUAUCAGAAAUUUCCAAAGUAUUAUUCAUUUGCAUUCCCACCGAAGACAGUGGCAGAAAAUGGCUGAACCUGCAUUUGACUUUCCCUUCAACCACUGACUUACAAGUCCAUCUCGAUACAAGCUGCUGGAAGACUGAAAUCUUCUAUGUGAGGAUAUUUACAGAAUGUACAGGCAGGGUAGGGCAGUAAGAAAAAAAAGAGGCUAACAGCCUUAGCGGCAUCAUGUAGGUGAACUAUAAAAUGAAUGUUAACUGAACAGAUUUCUUAAUACAAACUGCCAAUUAACCCACACUGUUUAAAAUAUGUUCCAACUAGUUUUCAUUCAGAAAAAGUAACAUGUCAUAGAGUACUUCUGUUCUUGUGACAGACACAUACCUUUCCUCCUCCGUACAUUUAUGUGGAUUGCUUUGAAGCACUUGGUAUAACUGGAACAAGAUAUGGACUCAUCUUUCUAUGAUUUUUCUUUUUAUCAGAUAGAAUAUUUGAUCUUUACUGCAUCACCUAACAACUGUAUUAAUGACUUGACUAUAAAAGCCAGAUCAGAAAGAAAUAAAUGUGAGUCAUAGUCCUACACUUGAUAAACUAAAUGCCUUCAGAUUCAGAUACACAAAGUCACAAGACAUUCUGUGGUAUUUUAUACAAGUAGCACAUAAUUGUUUCCUUUUGUGUGUUUGUAUUCCUAUGUAGAAGAUGAGAAAAUACCUAAAUGGUUAUCAAAGUCAACACUUGAAGAGCAAUCCCCAUUUCAUUUUAAAAAAAAUGUAACUGUGAGUCAGGACAAAGACACUGAAGAUCUCAGAGUACAUCUCAAAGUUUUAUAGACUUCAUCAAGCAGUCAGUUGAAUCCCAUAAUUACCGGGGUUUUAAUGCCUCCUAAGUUGAGACACCCUUGCCACAUAUCUAGGUCAUUCAGUGCUGAUUCUAAUACUCAGAAUGCUUUCUUCCCUCAUUCUUCAGAUGUGUCUUCUUCUUCUUUCGGCUUUUCCCGGUUAGGGGUCGCCACAGCGGAUCACCUGUCCUCUCAUGAUUGGCAGUGGAGUUUUACGGUGUCAAGU